AUGACUGGUGAAAUCACCGAAAUCUACGGAAAAUCAGCGGUCGGGAAAACGCAAUUUUGCCACCUCAUUACUGCUGCUGCUCUGGCUCUCACAAUUUCUCGGCCCGUUGAAGGACAGCAAUCAAGCGACGAGUCGGAUUCCAGCCUUCUUUCUCAACCCUCCACCUCUGUCCUCUACAUCGACACGAAGGGAGAUUUCGAUGCCAAUCUUCUAGCUGGUUUCAUCAGCAGAUCACUUUCUCGAAACUGUCGUUCUACAAAGAAUGUCUCUCAGCAACCGAUUAAACUGUGUCCGCCCUGCUACAGCAUUUUGCGUUCUAGAAUGGCAAAUGUCCGCCAUCUUUUGGCUGCUGACAUUGGCAUGCUGACUGAUGCUCUGGUCGUGACUCGUCUCUCGAUUGAUUACUACAACUCGAGAUCCUCUUCUUUUGCCAAUCUGCCUCAACAACCCAUUUGUUCGAAAGUAGAGUCUGCAGCGACAAGUGAUGCAUCCGUAAAUUCACUCCUUGCAUCCAAUCCUAGCUGUGACACUUUGAAAGAUUCUCCUUCAUCCACCAAGUCGAGCAUGAACUCUCGAAUUGAUGCUGUAUCAGUCCCAUGUCGUCAGGAUAAACCAAUGCCUGAACAUUUCACAUGUUCCGGUACCUUUCACUCUUGCCGUCUCCAAUCAACAAGCCACAAUGUUGUCACUCCAGCCAAGCCGAGCUCCAUCGAAAGUGAUCUCCACUUCUUCACGAGCAUGCAUCUCUUAGUUGUUGACAGUUUGGCUACCCUCAUUUCGCCAUUCAUGACUGGAUGUCCUUUCCAAGAAAUAAUGCACGAGAUCUCUAGCACCAGCCUGCAGUAA